CUCUCGUUUUUUCCGACUCCUUUUGUCUCUAGCCAAACAACACAGAACCAUGAAAUUCGCGGUGAAGGCAUGGAGCAGUGGAAGAGCACGGGCAGGGGUACUCCAGCUGGGCAGCUGCCCGAACCCAAUAGAGACCCCUGCUCUUCUCCUCUCUACCCGAAAGGGCCUGCCCUUUUUCAUACCCCCUGACCUUCUCCCUUCUUUUCCUUCCCCUGACUCCCAUCUCCUCCAUGUUAGCUCCCUUCACUUCUUAGAAGGCAUCUUACCUCAGACAAUAUCGAAAAUAGGAGGAUUGCAUAAGAUGCUGGGUUUGCCGGACCACGGAUUCGUAGCCAUUCCGAGAGAUUCUAUUCAAUGCCUCCCAGAAUGUAAUAGUACCAAUAAAUUGGGAGCAUCUUUUGAGACUCCUUGUGGUCGCUGUUUGGUUAAGCCUGUAGAGUAUGUUGAAUUGAUUUCUUCGUUAAAGCCUAAUAUAUGGACCGCUUUGGCGGAUGAAGUCCCUGCAUGGGUGUCUGAUAAGAGGAACAAGACCUCGGUUGAUCGAACUGUAAGAUGGCUUGACGAAUGCAUUCAGCUAAAUCGGGCAGGUGGAUCUGUUUUUGGAUCCAUUGUUGGAGGAUCUUCUGUUCAAGAACGUGAGCGAUGUGCGCAAGAGGUGGCCAGCCGAAAUGUAUCAGGCUAUUGGAUUGGAGGUUUUGGGCUUGGAGAGAGCAUGGAUGAGCGCCUUGCUCUCCUUAAUGCUGUUACUGAUAUCUUAGAAGAGGAGAAACCACGCUUGGUCAGUGGGCUUGGACUUCCAGAAGAGGUCUUGCAGGGUGUUGCUGCAGGAAUUGAUAUUUUUGAUUCUACGUAUAUAUACCAUCUUACCCUUGGAUGCUUUGCACUUACCUUCCCACUAGAUGGUGUUGAGACCAAUCUCUCUGCUUUUCAGUUAACUAAUAUAGGAAGUGAUCAGACAAAGAUUAAUUUGAGAUCAACAAUGUACAGGAAAGACACUUCACCAAUUGUUGAAAAUUGUAAAUGUUACACGUGCCAGAAUCAUACAAAAGCGUACAUCAAUCACCUGCUCAAUGUUCAUGAAAUGCUAGCUCAGAUUCUACUUGAAAUGCAUAAUACUCACCACUAUCUAAGUUUCUUCUGCUCGGUAAGGGAGGCAAUUAAGUCCGGUAAUUUUGAGCAAUUCAGACUGAAAUUUUCUGAGAGUAAGCGUUAUCAUCUUGCUUCUGAAGCUGCUGUUGCCUGCAUGUGAGUUUAAACCUAUUUUCAUUAUGUAAUUUUGAAGUACUGAAGAGUGUUAGAUUAUAUUGAUGAGCCAGUAGUGAAAUAUAGAUAAUUAUCAAUUUCAAAUCAAUUUGAUAACCUUUCCUUUCAUCAUUGUUGAUAAUUCCCAAGAAACUCCAAGAGUUGUGUAGUUCAACGUACCGUUCAAGAUUCUUACUUUCUUGGCUCUUUCUCAGUACUUUCUGACUGAAACUCUGAAAGAUACUCGCCUUUAGCAAGUUGCAAACACCUACUGUGAACAAAUCCAA